GGGUGACAGAAAAAAAAAAGUCACCACCAUAAAAGGAUGUCUGCAUAAUCUCUCUCAGAACAACAUGCCAAGGUUAACCUACUUCAGUUUGGUCAAAUCCUGACGACGACUACACAGGGGCCAGAACAAGUCACCGAGGGGACUUCACUGACCAGUGGGAAACAGAAAAAAAAGAAGCCAAACAACACAUGGUAUUGCAAAACAGUGCCCUAGCAAGGAUACCUGACUCUGCCUUCCUGCGGGUGCUGGGAGUGAGCAGGAGAGAAUAAAAUCAGAGAAGCUUCCAGGAGCAGCUGAUUUUGAAGUUAACACAAAUCAGAUCACUGUGAGACCUUGAACACCGCUGAUGGAUAUAAAAAUGGACACCAAUUUUACUACUGCCUCUACAACUUCUCCAGAAAGUGACUGUGACCUCUACGCACACCACAACACUGCCAGGAUAGUAAUGCCUCUGCAUUACAGCAUUGUCUUUGUAAUUGGGCUCGUGGGAAACUUGUUGGCCUUGGUUGUCAUCAUUCAAAACAGGAAGAAAAUCAACUCUACCACCCUAUAUUCAACAAAUCUGGUCAUUUCUGAUAUACUUUUCACCACUGCUUUGCCUACACGGAUAGCCUACUAUGCCCUAGGCUUUGACUGGAGAAUCGGCGAGGCCUUGUGUAGGAUAACUGCUCUUGUGUUUUACAUCAAUACAUAUGCAGGUGUCAAUUUCAUGACCUGCCUGAGCAUUGACAGGUUCUUUGCCGUGGUACACCCUCUGCGAUACAACAAGAUGAAAAGAAUUGAACAUGCAAAAUGCAUUUGCAUAUUUGUCUGGAUUCUAGUAUUUGCUCAAACACUCCCACUACUCAUAAAAUCUAUGUCAAAGCAGGAGAGUGAAAGGACAACAUGCAUGGAAUACCCAAACUUUGAAGAAACAAAAUCUCUUCCCUGGAUUCUGCUUGGUGCAUGUUUCAUAGGAUAUGUGCUUCCGCUCAUAAUUAUUCUCAUUUGCUAUUCUCAAAUCUGUUGCAAACUCUUUAAAACUGCCAAGCAAAACCCACUAGCUGAGAAGUCUGGUAUAAACAAAAAGGCUCUCAACACAAUAAUUUUUAUAAUUGUUGUGUUUAUUCUCUGUUUCACACCUUACCAUGUAGCAAUUAUUCAGCACAUGAUUAAGAAGCUUCGUUUUCCUGAUCUCCUGGAAUGUAGCCAAAGACAGUCAUUCCAGAUUUCUCUGCACUUUACUGUAUGCCUGAUGAACUUUAAUUGCUGCAUGGACCCUUUUAUAUAUUUCUUUGCAUGUAAAGGGUACAAAAGAAAGGUUAUGAAGAUGCUGAAACGUCAAGUCAGUGUAUCAAUUUCCAGUGCUGUGAAGUCAGCCCCUGAAGAAAAUUCACGUGAAAUGACAGAAACUCAAAUUAUGAUACAUUCCAAGUCUUUAAAUGAAAAAUAAAAGGGAAUUUAAUCUUGGAUUUAUAGCAAAGUAAACUGUAUGACAAACUUUGCAUUAGUUUUUUUAUAAAGCAAAAUGAUUAUUCAACAUCCAAUUAGGAUUCUUCCAAAUUCCUUUAUUUGAGCACUAUUUCCCACCUCCAACUUGGAAGUAAACUCAAGUUUUUUACACUCAAGAGAAUGACAUAAAGCUAAGAUCUAAUUUGUAAAUGGAAUGUGAUACCAAAAGGAAGGCUAUUUUAAUAACUCUCAGUAUAAAAGAGAAAGUUUUGUGUAAAUGAAAAUUUUAAUCAUUAACAUUUCCUGCCAACAAUUUGGCAAAAGAAAAAAGACUGUUAAGAUUGUAUAUUGCCAGUGUAAAAAUGUUAAUAUUGUAAUAUAUUUCUUUUUUAAUAACGUAUUUUUUCAAUCCAUGUUUUGUUUUAUUCUAAGACUUUAUUUCCUCAAUAAUACAGCUUUUUGUUUUGUUCUGAGUCAUAAAAUUUUACUUCAAAGAACUCUUUUGGAAUAAAGAACAGGAUUCUACAAAA